UCUGCAUGUGGCUCAGAGGCUCCCCCUCUGCCUUACCUUCUGGCCUUGGGUCUGAGAAAGAAGACCCUCCAGUGGAUGCUGGAAAUCGCGGAAGGAGCGGACUGCUAGCCUCUGGUUCCCCCUAGUGGCCGGCUCGGGCAGAUAUGACCUGGAAACAGGUAGAAAUAUGUAUUAUCUGCCCCGGGGAGGGGUGGGGGUUGGCUUAUGUAGCAUUUUCAGCCCGCAGGGACGUGUGAAUCAGUGGAUACAGAUCCCGCGGAUGGACGGGUCCAUCUGCGGUUCCAUGGUGCCUCUGGAGGCAUAGCGAUGCACCAGCUAGGCUCCUAGCACGAGAAUGGUACCCCUGAGCCCUGGGCAAGGGACUUAGAGAAUUUCUCCUACUGUUGUAUGGUGUGGUGUUGUGGGUAGAGGAACAGACUAAGCUUCAACUGGGGCUGGGUUCGAAUCUCCACUCAAGAGGUGGUCAACUCCGACUGGCGGGAUUGGACUCGCAAUUGCCGUCCCGUCCCUGCCGGCCUCCUGGGUGCGAAUCAAGCCGGCUGGACAUGGUUUCACCGCAGAAAGCGGACCGGGGGAGCGUGCGGGGAGGGGGUGUGAGCCGGAGCCGGAUUGCACCGCCCAUGGGUGCCUUUCCUCGGGUCUUUUUCCCGGCUGCGGUGCUCGCUCUCACCCUCCCUCUCCUUGCAGUUAAGGCCACCAUGCCAAUCUGGGUGGUGCUGCUUUCCCGGAUCAUCAUGAAGGAGAAGCAAACCACCAAGGUGUACCUCUCGCUCAUCCCCAUCAUCGGAGGGGUCCUCCUUGCCACGGUCACGGAGCUCUCCUUCGACACCUGGGGCCUGCUCAGCGCCCUGGCGGCCACGCUGUGCUUCUCCCUGCAGAACAUUUUUUCUAAAAAGGUGUUGAGAGAUUCACGAAUUCAUCAUCUGCGGCUUCUGAAUAUCCUCGGUUGCCAUGCUGUCUUCUUCAUGAUCCCAACGUGGGUUCUGGUCGAUCUCUCCGCCUUCCUCGUAGAGAAUGACUUGAGUUCCAUGGCCCACUGGCCGUGGAUCAUCCUCCUCCUGGCCGUCAGCGGCUUCUGCAACUUCGCCCAGAACGUCAUUGCCUUCAGUAUCCUGAACCUCAUCAGCCCGCUGAGUUACUCCGUGGCCAAUGCCACGAAACGGAUCACCGUCAUCACCGUCUCCCUGAUCAUGCUUCGGAACCCCGUCACCGGCACCAACGUCCUGGGGAUGAUGACCGCCAUCCUCGGAGUCUUCUUGUACAACAAGACCAAAUACGACGCCAACCGGGAAGCCAAGAAGCAGCUCCUGCCCGUCACCACGGGGGAUCUGGUCAACCUGGACCCGCUCCGCGGCCACGGGGCUGAAAAGUCUCACAACGGACUGACUUCUUUUACCCGCCAAGGGGACUUCCCAUACGGAAGCCGGGCUGGUGGUGUCCUUGCGGAUCACUUCCAGUACAGCCGCCCGAACUACCCUACGUUGUACGGCGCCAGCCGCUACGAUAUCUAGCAAGGAGGCGCAGGCUGUCGGUCUGGGACGGCCUGGCACAUGCACGCACCUCCGCGUGCCUGUUGAGACUCCAAAGGAGGAACAGCUCUCUUCGUAUGUGCCCAGUGGCAUCAGGGUUAGGAUGGUUGGAUGGCCCUCCGUAACAAGUGGAAGCAACCGCUGAGCUGGCUGAUCAGAAAUUUCCAAUUUCAGCUGCUAUGCCAGCCAGAUACCUUCGGAUUUUUUCCCUUUGCCCACGGCAAGAGAAGCGUGUCGCGAAUCUCCUCUUCCUUUUAAGAUCUUCGGAGGACAACCUUACUGCGUUUUUCUUAAGCUGUAGGAUUAGUUUGUAAAGCAGGACGGAAGCCGAUCCGGGCCCCCCUUUUCCCUCCAGGGAGGCUCAGGAGCAGCGUGCAGUUCGUUGUGUGUUCUGUAGCACUUGUGACUGUGUGAAAACAGCUCCUCGUCUCUUGACGCUGGGGCAUCAUCUUGUAAAGGGCGGCCGGUGGGGGGACCCUCAGAGCUGCUUUUGCCUUGUUUUCAGGGCCGGGCGAUGGCACCGACUUGUUUUAAAAAAAAAGAAUAAUCAUGUACCGUUUGGGAUUUGCUGCUUGCAGUGGGCGGCAAAUUGAAACCUGGCCCUUAAGCACUCCGUUUUCCUAUUUAAAUCAUGAUCUCUGGAAACCUUGUUUUGGCUCCUUGUCUUCCGCAGGUAGUAAGAGGCACCUGAAUAGAAACGUUUGCUAGGAAUAUAUUAGAACCGUGGUACCCACUGUGGAUUGGACCUAAGCACCCCCGCGGAUGCUGAAAAACGCAGAUAUAUCACACACUAUAUGUUGCAUGGCCUCUGGCUCUCUCUAGCGGCCAGCUCUAGUAAAUACACCCUGGGAUUAGGUAUAAAUAGGUACAGUAUUUCUGAGUUUUUUAUUAUUUAGUAUUUUCAGCCAGCGGAUAAAUGAAUCAGCAGAUACUGAACCUGCGGAUAGGUGGGUCCUACUGUAGCAAAGUCUACUACGAAUGUAGCACAACAGAAGCUUGAGAAGCUGUGGAUUUCCUUGUUUCUCCUGCUCAAUUUUGUAGGAAGUUACUUUAAGGCCUUCCAUCGCUCUAGAUACCAAAUUUGGGAAGUCCGUAUUUUAAUUUAUAGUCAGUCCUUUUACGUUCCUUCCUGCCAGUACAUUUGCUGGUCUGGCUGACUUCUGCCUUUUUUAUUUAUUUUAUUGUCCUUCCAUUUCUCCUGGAGCUGCCUGCUCCUUACCUUGCAUUGAUCGGUUGUCCAACAGGAGCCAAAAUGUACAGCUCACCUCUCUGUGUCCCUGUGAGUUAAUCCUGUUGCUGCUAAGUUUGGCCAGGUAAAUAAAAAAGGGAAUUAUAAGAGGACCACGACAUCUGUAGGGGACUGGUUGCAAAACCCUUCCAUGGAUGCUGAAAAUCGCGGAUGAUAGCCAACGGUACACCUACUCUGGCCUCUGGCUCCCUCAGGUGGCCAGUUCUUGUAAUUUCACCUUUAGACAUCUCUGUUUCUUGGGGUUUUGUGUUAACAUUUUCAGGGGGUGGAUCUGUGUGAGUCAGCAGAUGCUGAUCCCACGGAUACGGGGGUCCUACUGACAUUUCAAGCCUUUGAAGCGGGACCCUGCUAGAGAGCGUUGGUCUCGACUCUGCAUUUGCACCCCAGGAAGGUCCUUCCUCAGAUCCUUGCAAUAUUUUCUUUCUUUUUUUUUCCCCUGGGGAAAAAUGGACAUUUUCCAAAAUUUUACAUUUCUCUCUCCUUGGCAUCUGUGAAUGGCUUCAUCUGGAUCGAUCGGUGUAUAUAUUUUCAUGCUCCUAUCCUAAAGCAGGUGAACUUUUAGAAACGUGGGUUGUUGUGUACAGGAACCCUGUGUGUGUAUGCGUGUGUGUGUGUGUGUGUUCUUUUUUUUAAAAAAAGCCUGCAGACUUAAAAAACUUGGAGAAAGCCCAGGCCUGUUGUAAUUAUGCGUUUUAAAUAUGGAACAUGUAAAUAAAGCGGGAUUCUGCUGAGUUGAAA